AUGAAGUUCGGCGAGCAGCUCCGUUCCAGCGUCAUCCACGAGUACCAAUGGUACUACAUUGACUACGAUGGACUGAAGGACGAGCUUAAGCAUCCUACAGGUCCUAUCAAGCUUGGGUCCAAGGGGCCUGAGUGGACUGAGGAUGACGAGACGCGCUUCGUCGGCAAGCUCGAGGCCGAGCUCGAAAAGGUCCAUACAAAGCAGCAGGUCAAGGCUAUGGAGAUCUCGCGCCGUAUCGCUGUUAGCGAGCGCGAGGUCAGGGAGGUGGUCAAUCGCUUGAACGAGCGCGGCCUCGACGAGAACGGCCCCAGCGAGGAGGAGUUCAUGCUUCUCGAGGAGGAUCUCAGUGAUAUUAUCGCAGAUGUCCACGAUCUCGCCAAGUUUGUCCAGCUCAACUAUACGGGAUUCUACAAGAUCAUCAAGAAGCACGACAAAUUGACCGGAUGGCACCUGCGCCCCGUCUUCGAUACCCGACUCAAGGCGAAGCCUUUCUACAAGGAAAACUACGAUGCGUCCGUCAUUAAGCUGUCGAAGCUCUACGAUCUUGUCCGAACGCGAGGCAACCCUGUCAAGGGUGACAGCGCCGCUGGUGGUGGCCAAGCCAACUUUAUCCGACAGACGACCAAAUACUGGGUUCACCCCGACAAUGUGACGGAGCUGAAGCUCAUCAUCCUCAAGCACUUGCCCGUCCUUGUCUUCAACGCCAACAAGGACUUUGACCCCGAGGAUUCGGCAAUUACCUCGAUCUACUACGACAACCCCGAGACCUGGGACUUGUACGAGGGCCGAUUGAAGAAGACUGAGGGUGCCGAGGCGAUUCGUCUGAGAUGGUACGGAGGAAUGAAGACCGAGACCAUCUUUGUGGAACGCAAGACGCAUCGUGAGGAUUGGACUGGCGAGAAGUCGGUCAAGGCACGAUUCGCAACCAAGGAGAAAAAUAUCAAUGCGUACAUGAGGGGAGAGCUGCUCCCUGCUGCCAUCUUUGAGAAGGCGCGCAAGGAGGGCAAGAAGUCUGAAAAGGCUAUUGCUGAGGAUGAGCGACUGGCCUCGGAGAUCCAGUACUCGGUGCUCAAGAAGGGUUAUAAGCCUGUCUGCCGAUCCUUCUACAACCGCACAGCUUUCCAGCUCCCCGCCGAUGCCCGAGUGCGAAUCUCGCUCGACACGGAGCUCACCAUGGUCCGAGAGGAUAACCUGGAUGGGCGCACUCGAUCUGGAGAUAACUGGAGGCGCAUGGAUAUUGGUAUUGAUUAUCCCUUCUCACAGCUGCCCCCUGAGGACAUUGUGCGAUUCCCCUAUGCCGUUCUGGAGGUCAAGCUCCAGACUCAGGCUGGACAGGAGCCCCCUGAGUGGGUUCGCCAAUUGAUCUCUUCUCACCUGGUGGAAGCCGUUCCCAAGUUCUCCAAGUUCAUCCAUGGUACAGCGUGCUUGUUCCCUGACCGGAUCAACCUCCUGCCUUUCUGGAUGCCUCAGAUGGAUGUGGACAUUCGCAAGCCCGUCAGCCACGACUUUGGUAUUCGACGACCCGGCAUGUCAGGAACCACGACUACCUCGGAUGAUGAGGAUGAUUUGGACUCUGACGAUGAGGAGCCGGUACCUUCGGGCCGCAAUGGCACCAACGGAGAGUCGAGCGCUCAGGGCGGUAAUCGGCGCCGGCCCCUUCCCGCAGAUGUCGAGGGCCAGAUUGCGGACUUGCCAGCCGACAACGAGGACUAUCCCAUCUAUGAUUCGGAUGACGAGUACGAUGAGAGCUUCGAGCUGGAGCAGGCCAAGAGGAUAGGUGGAUGGCAUUACUACUCAACCCUCAUCUCGACCAAGAGCCGAGUUGCCGCCAACCAGGUGGUCUCGGCCCUCAAGUAUGCCAUCCCGGCGCCUCGAAGCACGCAGGUGCCCCGGAGCGAUCGAUUGCAGGCACUGUUUGGAUCGGCGCAGAUUCAGACCAAGAAGUUCAAGGCGCCACACGGAAAGAAGAUUUACGUGCCUGUGCGUGUCGAGCCCAAGGUGUACUUUGCGGCCGAGAGGACAUUUUUGGGAUGGCUUGAGUACUCGAUUUAUAUUGGUACUAUUGCUGUGACGUUGCUCAACUUUGGCACACAUCCCACGCCAGCACACUUUUGGGUGGCUGGUAUCUUUACGCUCCUGGCCAUCAUGAGUCUCUGCUACUCGGUGGUUACGUACUUGUACCGAAGCAACGCGAUAAGAACGCGCAAGGUUGUCAAGUACUAUGACCGCUGGGGUCCAAGUGUACUCUGCGUGGCGCUCUUUCUGGGAGUGGUCCUGAACUUUGCAUUCGAAGGCAGAGAGAGGAAGAUCUGGUAA